AUGAACAAUCAGUUGGCUACGCAUUUUCGGACGUACUUCCAGAUGGAUGCAGGUGAUGCCAGCGCCCUGGCGGGCGCUUUCGGCCUGAUGAACCUGUUCGCAAGAUCAUUGGGAGGCAUUAGCAGCGAUAUUUGCUUCAAGUACUUUGGCUUCCGCGGCCGCAUUUGGGCUCAAUUCCUGGCACUCUUCUUCGAAGCCAUCUUCUUGUUCAGCUUCGGAAAGGUGGACAAUUCGCAGCCUUGGUACGUGGCCUUGGCAGUCUUGGUUUGCUUCUCGCUCUUUGUGCAGAUGGCUGAGGGCACCUCCUACGGCAUCGUGCCCUUUAUGAACCGGAAGCAACUCGCAGUGGUGUCCGCGCUUGUGGGUGCCGGUGGAAACCUCGGCGCAGUGAUUGCAGGCUUCUGCUUCUACAAGCCGAUCCAGGAUGCCCUGCUGCCUUUCCAGGUCCAUGCGGGCUAUGUUAUGUUUUGGGCGCUGCUGAGCCCCUGCUACUACUGGUCCGAGAUGGGUGGGAUGUUCCAUGGACCGGCACAGAGCGUUGAGAAGGGCAAGACCGGCGACUACGAGUCUCACGCGGUGUCCGAGGCCACCACUGCAGCCACCACUGAGACGAGCGUGUGA